GGAACUCUGAACACCCCGGUCUGAACAUUUCGGUGUUGGAUCGACGAUGAACAAUUAGACAGAAUUUGAUCAACUAGAAUAAUUUUUAAAGUUUGGAUAAAAAGUUGUAAUACCGUGAAGGGUAUAACUCCUUUUUUAACACUUCAUUUUCUUUAACGGGAAUAAUUCUAGCAACAAUUGUACUGUUAAUUUUCAAACUAAGUAUUGUUUCUUUUUUUUGUUUCGCUUUUACUUAUAAAUUUGGUGAAGCAAUUAGCAAGUGUGGUUAAUGAUUUUUGAAUAUUUUCAUUUAUUUAAAUUGGUUUUUUAUUAAAAAAAUAUAAUUAAAAAAUGUGUGCACAACGAUCAGGUAUGUUAUCAAAUAUAUCUAAAUUUUUAAUAAAGUAUUCUCUGUAGAUUUCGAUGAACCUUCCACCAGCCGCGGUGUACGUAGAAGUGAUAUUACCGUUGCAGAAUUAAGAAGGAUGUGGAAUAUAACAAAAGUUGUUCAGACAUUUAGCACUAGGGAGCAAUGCAUUGCCUUUGCGGAACAAGAGGGCUUAAUUUUGAGCAAUAAAUUGUGCCGCAAGCACAAAAGACCCAUGAUCCCCACUCUAUCGGGGAAUAAUACGGUGGGAUCUUUUAGAUGCCGUAGAGGUAGUUGCCGUUCGGUGGCCGCAAUAUCGAGGGCCAAAGGCACUUGCUUUGAAAAUGCAAGGAUACCAUUGCCUCAGAUUUUUUAUCUGAUGUUCGCAUACGCUUCUCACUGGUGUCAGACUGAAGUCAGAAAAAACAGCUUUAUAGCUAUUUUGUCAACAGCCACCAUAUGCGAUUGGUACAGCUACUGUCAAGAAGCCGUUGUGUUGUAUCAGGAAGAGGCUGUGGGGAAAAUUGGUGGUCCCGGAAAAAUAGUACAAAUAGAUGAAAGCAAGUUUGGAAAACGAAAAUACAAUAAAGGUAGAAGAGUUGAAGGUCACUGGGUACUGGGCAUGGUAGAGGAUGGGAGCGAGGACUUGAGAUUGGCAGUGUGUCCCGAGAACAUAAGAUCUGCUGAGGUGCUCAUACCUAUUAUCAAGAAGCACGUGCCGGAAGGGUCAAUUAUAUGUACCGACUUUUGGAGGGCAUAUAAUUGCCUUUCCGAUCAUGGGUAUGAGCACCGAAGGGUCAAUCAUAGUGAUCCGGAUAAUCCCUUUGUCGCCCCAGACGGGACACACACUCAAAGGAUUGAGUCACAGUGGCGUGUCAUAAAACGAUACUUGUUAAAGGACAAUUACGCGAACCAACAAAAUUUUACAGAUUUAAUUAUUGAAUAUCUGUGGCGUAAAACUAUACGCAGAAACCACGAAGACCCAUUCGAAAAGCUUUUACAAGCAAUAAAGCAUACAUACCAACCUUAA